AUGGCUGACGACCAUGAUGCCGCUGUUGAACUGAAGAAAAAAAGAACUUUUAAAAAGUUUUCUUAUCGAGGUAUUGAUCUCGAUCAACUUUUGGAUUUAAAUUCAGAGCAGCUAACGGACCUUGUUCAUGCUAGAGCAAGAAGAAGAUUUCAACGUGGCUUAAAACGCAAACCAAUGGGAUUAAUUAAAAAGCUACGUAAAGCAAGAAAAGAAGCACCUCAAGGUGAUAAACCAGCAGUCGUUAAAACUCACUUGCGUGAUAUGAUUAUUGUACCGGAAAUGAUUGGUUCUGUAAUUGGUGUUUAUAAUGGUAAAACUUUUAAUCAAGUUGAAAUCAAGCCUGAAAUGAUCGGCCAUUAUCUCGCUGAAUUUUCCAUUUCUUACAAACCCGUUAAACACGGUCGUCCUGGUAUUGGUGCCACUCAUUCUUCAAGAUUCAUUCCAUUAAAAUAA